AUGACCUCAGCAGCACGCGCCGUCGCAAACGCGAUGAACCGCAUCGCACCACUAUCUCUUGCAGAGAAGUGGGAUAAUGUCGGCUUACUGCUCGAGGCGCCACACCAACCCCAAACGGACGCGCAUAAGGUCUUGCUGACCAUUGAUCUUACCACACGCGUAGCCGCCGAAGCACUCGCGCUCCCAGCAAGCGUCAUCGUCUCGUACCAUCCCACAAUCUUCAAGCCUCUCCCUGCUCUGACGCUCUCCAACCCACUUCAAGCUUCUCUUUUGAGAUGCACGGCGGCAGGCAUCUCUGUGUUCUCGCCGCACACGUCCUUAGACGCCGCACGCGGCGGUAUUGCCGACUGGCUUGCUAGCGGACUUGAACCCGCGUCAGUGAAGGGUAUCGUGGAGAAAGAGGACGAAGGCGCUGGCUCAGGACGUGUUGCAACAUUGAAAGAGGGCGUCUCGCUCGCAGUACUCGUUGAGAGAAUCAAGAAGUAUCUGGGCCUGAAGUAUGUUCAAGUCGCAGCAAGCCCGCACGCGGCAACGCAGGUUGUCAGUUCCGUAGCUAUCUGCGCCGGAUCUGGAGCGAGUUUACUUUUGGGCAACGAAGCAGAUGUAUAUUGGACCGGAGAGAUGUCGCACCAUGAGACACUAGCGGCAGUGGCCGCAGGGAAGCAUGUCGUGCUAUGCGGGCACUCCAACACCGAGCGCGGAUAUCUUCCGGUGCUCGCGGAGAAGCUACGGACAGAACUCGCCCAGAGCGACCCAAAGAUGACGGUUCAUAUUAGUGUGGAGGAUAAAGACCCUCUCGAGGUGGUAUGA